CGGGUUUGUCUGUCCCAGCUGGGCCGCUGGGGGGAAAGGAGGCUUGGGGCAGUCGAGGAAGACGGCGAUCCAGGGCCGCGCCGCCGAAUGCCCACCCCUGAGGGAUCCCCGGUCAUCAGGGCUGCGGGACCCCCAGGGUGGAUUUGCCUUGUGCCCGCCCCAUCCCCAUCCCUGGCCCAACAUGAUAUUGACCAAAGCCCAGUACGACGAGAUAGCCCAGUGCUUAGUGUCUGUGCCGCCGACCAGGCAGAGCCUGAGGAAGCUGAAGCAGAGGUUUCCCAGAAACAUAUUAAAAGAACACAUGCUAAACAUCAUACUUCGGAAGCAAUUGAAAGUUAUUACCGAAGGUACCUGAAUGGCGUGGCAAAAAAUGGAGCUGCCCCAGUGCUCCUGGAGCUGGCCAAUGAGGUGGACUAUGCACCCUCAUUAAUGGCUCGGAUUAUUCUGGAGAGGUUUCUACAAGAGCAUGCGGAAACUCUACCCUGCAAGUCUGUUAUAAAUAGUAUGCUGCGGGACCCUUCUCAGAUUCCAGAUGGAGUUCUAGCCAAUCAGGUCUAUCAGUGCAUUGUGAACGACUGUUGCUAUGGACCACUGGUGGACUGCAUCAAACACGCCAUUGGUCAUGAGCAUGAAGUCCUGCUUCGAGACUUACUUCUGGAGAGAAACCUGUCCUUCUUAGGUGAAGGUCAGCUCCGGGCGAAGGGCUAUGACAAAACCCCAGACUUUAUCUUACAAGUGCCAGUGGCCGUAGAAGGGCACAUAAUUCACUGGAUUGAAAGCAAAGCCUCAUUUGGUGAUGAAUGUAGCCACCACGACUACCUGCAUGACCAGUUCUGGAGCUACUGGAAUAGGUUCGGGCCUGGCUUAGUCAUCUACUGGUAUGGAUUUAUCCAGGAGCUGGACUGCAACCGGGAGAGGGGCAUCCUGCUCAAAGCCUCUUUCCCCACGGACAUUGUCACCUUAGGCCACAGCGUAGCCUGACCCUGAGGAUCCGGAAAGCGAAGCUGGGAGGAAAAGGUGAACCCGGAAGCAAUUUUACUUUCCUGCAGCGUAAACUCCUGGCAACAUCUGCCUUGAACUCCAGCUGAACUCUUGCUGCCCGUGGUCACAGCACUGCCUCGUUAGACAAACACAUCAGGAGUUUCUGCCUUCCUUCAUCCCUUGCCGACGUGAACGGCCAAGAACCACAGACACAGCCCACUCAUUAUCAGCAUUUCUGUCUCUGUCAAGCAGUUAGUUUAUAGAUAGUCAUAAUCUUUCUUCCUUCCGGAUGGUUUCUCCUUCUGUCCUGAACAAAAGAAAAAAUGUGGAGACUAAAAGGUGUGAUUUUUCAGUUCUCCUCCCAGUUACUGAGUCACCCUCCUAGCCCACCCCAGCCCUGCCCAGCCCGACUCCAUUCAUUAGCUCUCCCUCCAGACUGCCCCACACCCAGAGUCCUAUGACAGUCUCAGGCAUAAUCUAGCCUGAGAUUAAACUGGAAAGACCGAGGUCCGACACUAAGCAUUCGCUCUCACCUGCAGGGCCCCAGGGCCCUCCAUGAUCCUAUCGUGAGCCGGGCAUCACCUGGCUCGGUCCUUACAUGGCAUCCUGACCUCUGUGGCAUUACAUGGAGCUGCAAACCACACGUCUAUUUUUUAAUGAGGAGUUCUUUUUUAUGUUGCUUAUUUAAACUCCAAACAUGUAACUCUCAUCUCAUUUCAAACUGUCAAUUGCGUUGCGUCUAGGAACCUUACUAUUUCUUUGGGUCGUGGGCUAAAAGGGAAGGCAAUUGAAAUUCGGACCUGGUAUUGGCAAGUUUAUUUCUAAACAUGAGUAGUUGUCAGUAUGUACGUUACCCAAUAAUUUUAUAGGUUAAAAAAAAAAUGUUUAAGCGCCUUUCAGUAGAUUCUGCGUUGUAUCUGCUUUUCAUAAUUGCAUAGCAAAUAGUGCAAGUAUUGAGCUGUUUAUGAAUUAACUAUAUCAGAAAUAAACCUCACUUAAUUUUAAAUAAGCAAAAUCGGGGCGAUUUUGGCUGUGUUCACUGUUUUCAGUUUUCCCUUACCGCCAACCUCUUUUGUCUUAACACAAAGCGUCAAUACAGUCAUUGUAAUUAGUUAGUAAAAUAUUUCCCCCCCAACUGGAAAACAAUCAUUUUCACAAUGUUGAAACUGAUUGGUUUUGAAAUGAUUUUUUUAAGGGUACCUUUGGCAAACAACUGUAAGCUGCAGACAGCACUUGGUUCUUUCAAAGGCCUGAGUUAUCUGUGCUUUGUUUUCUGGCCGAGAAAGUUUGGAAGGGUGCUGUCUGCCGCCUUCCUUUUCAGAGGGCACCCACAGAAAGCUGCGUGGCUGGCUGUUGGGACGUUCCUCCAUUGUGGGCUACAGGAAGAGAGAGAGAGAGAGAGAGAGAGGAAGGAGGUGAAAUGGCAGGGAGAUGGCAGGUGAGCUUUGUUUCCAUAUGAAAUUCAUCCAGAAAGUUUUGAGAGUGAAAUCAGAGCGCUUAGAAACCACUCCUAUUGCCUUGAUGUCUGAGGUGUUUCCACCUCUACGCAGAAUAGUUUUGUUGCAACAACAGUAUUGAUUUAAAAAUAAGUAUAUGUAUUUUUCUAAAGCAAAAUUGUUGCCAAGAUUUAUGUUCGAGGUAUUGCAUGAAGCUGUCUUGGUUGGUUUUUCCCCUUCUUUAGGAGUAAAUUACACUUAUCUGCACAGAUAUUGAAAGUCCCGUUAAACCCUAUCAAGGACUGGUUUGUUUUACAUUAAGCGAAUCUAUAAUGAGAGUUCACAAAUUUAAACAAUUUUUUUCAAGUGCUUGCGUUUGGUAGUUAUCCAGGCGGUGCCCUGACGAUGUAUCGUGAGGAGGUGCUGGCUGGUGUUUUCCUGCAGAAGCAUCCCCUCCUGUUCAGGAAUGAGGCCUGAAGAUUUGGCCCUUACACAGGGGAAGAAAACCAGCAAACGAUAGGCUGCAAUACAUUACAACUUGUUCAAAGUGAAGCUGUUUUCCACACAGAAGCUAAUGGGAUUAUUGUAUCUUUGACUUUUGGACUGGAGGGUGAGCGGAAAGAGAGUAAUAUUCCCAGCCCAGAUGAUUAGAGACCCCUUGUUCGUAUACAUUAAAACCACUUGUUGUCUGUGA